GCUGCCAUCCUGGGGACAUCAGGGGCCAGAGAAGGGCCCUGGCACUAAGGUUCUGCAAAUGCAUUGAGCCAGGCCCUCCCUCUCCUGCUCCUCCUCAUGUGUGAAGGCUGUUUCCCGGUGUUGGGGUACCUCCAUGGACCUGCCCCCCAUCCCAUCUGGGCCCACAUGGUGCCCGGGGGGGGAGGUGCUGGCAGCCCUGGCACCGUGUUUGCCGUCACUUCUGCUUUCGGGGCGGUGCGAGCCCUGGCACACAGCUCGGCAGAGCCGCCGGGGGAGGCUGAGCGGGCCCCGGGGCUCCCACAGGGCACCCGGCGCAGCGGGGAGGGGCUGGAGGCCACUUUUUGGGGCGCUGGUGGGUGCAGGCAGCCCCCGGCCCUCAGUGGCCCCUCUCCCGGCGUGACGUCCUUCCCCCGCCGGGCUCCCCGAAACCACAGACGCUCUUCCGCGCCCGCCUUCCCUUCCCUGCCCGGGCGGGAGGCGCAGGCGGAGGGCGGCCCGCGACGCCUCUCGGCUUUCGGCGGUUGCCCUGCCCCGCGGCCGCCCUGGAGCCCCCGCACCGGCGCAGCCGGACCCUUGUUGGUGAUGCCUGACCGUGCUGCAGCUCAGGGUCCCGCGGCUUCCCCCGGCAGAGGUCCCAUGGCGCCGGGCUGGGCCGUGCUGGUGAUGCUGGUGCUGAGCACCCUGUGGGCGUGCGGGGCCGUGCCGCCGCCGGAGCUGGGGCAGCCCCACGGCGAGCAGUGGGUCUGGGGGGCGGCCGGGCCGGCGCCGGCUGAGCCCCUGCCGCUCUCCCGCAGGAAGAGGGACGAUGGCGGGCAGAAGCCCGGCUCCACUGGCACGCCAGGGCACGGCCACGCUGCCACCAUGAUGCCCGGCAGCAAGGAAACCGAUUCCCCCGAGCCCGACCUGCUGCUGGGCUCUGCGCCGCCACCAGCGCCUGCCGCCAACGGCAGCCUGCACCGGGCACUGGUGGUGCCAACCACAGCCCGCGUCCUGGACGAGAGCGAUUCCCCCGAGCCCGACCUGCUGCUGGGCUCUGCGCCACCGCCAGCACCCAGCACCUCCGUCAGCCUGCGCCGGGCAUUCCCAGCACCGACCACAGCCGAGCCCCUGGAUGAGACCGAUCCCCCUGACCCGCUGCUGAGCUCCGAGCUGCCGGCAGCGCCCAGCACCGACGCCAUCCUGCACCGGGUGCUCCCGACGCCGACCGCGGCCGAUCCCCUGCACGAAACCGAUUCCCCCAGUCCUGACCUGCUGCUGGGCUCUGCGCCGCCGGCAGAAGCCAGCACACAGGCAGCACCCCAAAAGAGCAUCACCGCCGUCCCCAGCUGGCUCACGUCGCCCAGCGAGGAGGGGACGGUGGCCGGCGGCACGGACAACAGCACCUCUGCCCUCGGUCCCACCACCACAGGAUACAAGAAAGUCAGGAAAGCCGGAGACCCUCCUGCAGUGACUCAUUCAGCCCCUUGGGACACGAAGCCCAGGGGGACCGCGGUGCCCUGGGACCCCAUGAGGGUGAUGAACAAGUGCCUGCUGGCCAUCCUGCUGCUGGCGCUGGUGGCCGCCAUCUUCAUGGUGUGCACGGGGGUGCUGGGUGCCCUGCUCUGGCGGCGGGCGCGGACGGCUCACCACCGCCUCAGCCCCACCGAGAUGGUCUGCAUCUCCUCCCUGCUGCCCGACGGUGACAUGGCCACCAACGGCCCCAAGCCCGCCCCUGUCCGGCGGCAGAAGCUGCUGCUCGACGGUGGCUCCGAGGCCGAUGGUGACAACCUGACUCUCAGCAGCUUUCUGCCAGAGCACUCCUGAGCCGCGGGGACGGGGUCCUGCAUCCCAGAGCAUCGGGAGGGCCGGUGGCAUGGUGGGCAGGGUGCCCGGUCCCUGGCGAUGCUGCUCACGGAGCCGCAGGCAGGGGACCCCCAUCCCCUUGGGUUCAUGUUUUAACUUGGACCAGCGCGAUGGGGAGGUGCUUUCCCCCGGGGCGAGCUCAGCCCCCCCAGGCUGACCCCAUUAAAGCGUUACCAGGAUGUGGGAGUCUCUUCCUGGUGGCGAUGGCACCCACCAGCCCCCGGCCCCCUCCCCGCUCCACCACCUGCCCACAUCCCCUGCCGAAAUUUCGCUUCUCCAUCCUCCUCCCGCAGCAGUAGCCCCAGCAUCCCCGGGGGGAGCAGAAAUGAAACCCACGGCCACCCCUCACCAGGCAGGGAGCCAGACCCCAGGGGGGUUGGGGACCGCAGCCCCCGGGACCCCCUCCCCAUGUGGGGCUCGGCCUCGUGCCGCGGCAUGGGAGCGGAAAGGGUGGCGGUGCUGGGGCGGAAACGCCGGGGAGGGGGGACGGGGAUGGGCAUGUUCGUGGUGUAACGUGUUCCUGCCUUGCGGUCGCCCACAGCGAGGCGAGGGGACACGUCCGGGACCGUCACCGCCUCUCGAGGUGGUCCCGUGCGCUGCCGGUGCGCCUACAGCUAGUCCCCAGUGAGCAAAUGGUGGUCGCAGGCUCCCAGCCGCGUAGGGCGGCGUUGGCCCCGGGCUGUCCCUGCCUGGUUGUGGCUGGGACCGGGAAGGAUGGGGAAGAGCAGGGCCAUGAGCAGCCACCAAGGGUCCCACCAUCUCUCCUGUACCUGGGGACUGAAGUGGGCUCAGAUUUGCCCCCAGGUCCCACCUCCCUUGAGCCACCAGCCUGACCCCUUCCCUGUGCCCGGCCCCUGGGAGAGACACCCAAGGGAGCAGAAAUAGCCCAGGAGUGUCCCUGCCCUGCCAAGGCUGUGUCCCCACGUUCCUAUCCCUGCCCCACCAGGCUCAGCAUCCCCAUCCCACAUCCCCACCCCUGCCCCACCAGGCUCAGUGUCCCUGUCCCCACAUCCCCACCCCUGCCCCACCAGGCUCAGCAUCCC